AUGCACUACUGCGACUGUGGUGACUACUUCUACGAUUGGAAUGCUUUGAAGGAACACUGGGUUCAGAGCCCCAGGCAUGACUACUGCCAAUACUGCAAUGAACACGUUGGCCACAUCCUGGACCACUACGAAGAAUGCCACCAUUACUGUGGUCCCUGCCGUCGAGUUUUUAGGAGUGAAUUUGGUCUACACGAGCACCUUCGACAGUCGGAGCGACACCGCGAUAUGUACUGUGGUAGUUGCAGAAGGCUUUUCAUGUCACCAAACAACCUCAACGCACAUCUCAACUCGUCCAUCCAUCGCACGAAGGAUGUGAUAUGUCCAUUCAAAUGCGGUGCCACCUUUGUCUCGAACUCUGCGUUGGUUCUUCACCUCGAGAAUGGUGGAUGCAAAUCGGGCAUUAAUCAAACAAUUAUCAACCGCUAUGUCCGUGAAUACGAUACGAACAACGUCAUCACGGACCCCUCUCGCAUGAUCACUGGUGGAUCCUCCGUUGGCGAUAUUACGUACAUUGCCACGGAACGCUCUUGGAACGGAUGUGGAUACGAAUGCGUUCUGUGCCACAAAGUCCACCACAGCCUUCUCUCUCUUAACCAACACCUUGCUAGUCCCAAGCACAAAGACAAGAUUUACAUUUGCCGUGGUCCAGAUUGCAGCAUGCGCUUCCCCGCCCUCAGCGGGCUCGUUCAACACGUCGAGAGCAACAAAUGUGGCGUUGCGAGGUUCAAGUCUGUCCAAAAUGCGAUGAACAGCAUGUUAGGCCAGGUCGGAAGAAUCACAAUGUGA